AUGCAGUUUCUCAACAUCCUCCUCAAUGCGCUCGCCCUUGCCAGUGCUGUCGUUGUUGAAGAGCCACCAACGACAACGACACCUCCCAUGGUUUGCAACCGUGACAACUGUCUGCGGGCUGCCAUAGCCAGCGGUGCCAAGCCUGGCCCGGUCACCGCAGGUCUCGAGUGUGCCGCAUUUGUUGGCUCGCAGCAACCUGUCACCAUCACGACCAUCAGUGGAACAGUUCAGACCAUCUCACCCAGCCCAACUGGUCCCUUGACUUCCACCAUUUCUCGCGCCUGCGGCAACAGUCCUUCGCGAUACCUGAGCGCCUGCAUGUGCCGUGGCUACACACGCAGCACCGUCACCAAGACCUCGAGUGCUUCAGCAACAGUCUCUGAAUUUGCUAGUGGUUGCAACGCCGACAACUGCGAGCGUGGCAUCUUCGGCACCAAUGCAGAUAACCAGAAUGUUCCAUCGAGGUUGAACGACUGCACGUCAUUCUUGGCCAGCAAGACUGUAUUUGUGGGUGACGGUGGUGGUGGUACCGCUACAGGCGUUAACGAUGUGCCAUCAUAUGCUACAAGUGCAUGCCAGGGUGACAGCCGUGCAAGGUAUGAGUCUGUGUGCCGUUGUAUCGGUGUAGCCGAGGCCACUGAGACGGUGAACCUCAACUUCCCUGAGAGGAGGUAG